CUGAACGAGGCCAGGGAUUGAACCCACAUCCUCAUGGAUACGCGUUAGAUUUGUUUCCACUGUGCCACAAGGGGAACUCCUGACAAAGUCGAGUCCUUAACUGCUGGUCCACCAGGGAACCCCCCGCUCUGUCUUGUUUUAAGGUACCCUGCUGUCUGACUCUUCCUCCUGUAUCCACUUCUCCCCUAAGGCUUUCUCUUCUUAUCAGGCUGGGGUCCUCUUGCUGCUCCCACUGUUCCCGUACCUUCUUGCCCUUCCAUGGCCUCGCUACUCUUCUCCAGCUGUCUGCGUUAUGCCAUCCUUUAAAGCUAAUCCCAGAUCCCACGUUUCUCUGCAGAGUGGUCCCUGCUGUCCAGACGGCCUGCCUGUGUGUGGUCUUCUCUCCAACAGAAGAUCCUACAGCAGAGCUCAGGAACCGGUGGCCCACAUGCCACAUCCAGUCCACAAGUGUUUUGACCUAGCUGCUGUCUUUCCUACAUUUAUGUGAAAUUUUAGGAAACUUCACAUAGAUGUAGGAUUUCUGGCUUGUUUUGAAAAAAAUCAAUCUGGCAAUGCUGAACUCUCUCUCGAAUGGCAGAAGUCAGUGGCUGUUUUUCUUAAAAGGUGGAUGUCCCUAUUUUGCCAUAGCUGUGCCCUCUUCCUUCAAACUGAGCAGGCUCGCCGUUCAUUAUCUUCUUGGCUCCAGUAAGCAGUUGUGUUUUCCAUCCUUUUUUUUCGAGUCUGUGUCAUCCACUACCCAUACCCUUUGAUACUUUCAAAUUGUUAUUUCUGUGAUUUUCAUGAGAAUAGGAAUAACAUCCUUUUAAAAAUACAUAAUUUCCCCAAAAGUGUCCACACUCUGAGGGGUCUCUGCCAAAUCAAUAACUGGUUUUGAAGUUUUAGCUUCGCUGCCACAGUUGAUGUACAGAUGGCGGAACAUUUUUUUCUUAGUUAAUCUCCCCUACCUGGUGUUAGCAACAUCUGAGAGCCUGGGGAUGCAAACGUGAUCAUAAACAGCUUCCUUGUAACAGAGCUCAGCACCUCUGGGGCGAGGCCAGCACAGAGAGCCGUGGAGGCUGAGCCCCAGCAGAAAGGAAGAGUGUUGGAGAGAGAGCGCAGGAGGUAGGCACACAGCUUGUCUAGUCGUUAGGCCUUGGUUGUAGCAUCAGCUUCCCCAGAAGGUCUCUGGUCCAGUUUAGAUGUGUUCCUGUUGGAUUUAUUGAGCACUUCCUUGUCUCAUACUAAAGGCAUUUGCACACCUGAUUUCAUGUAAUCAUUGCAACAGCUUGUGAGCCAGCAACUCUAACCCUGUUUUAUAGAUGUGGAAACUGAGGCAGGAAGUUAAUAAAUUUUGUCAUGAGUGAUUUGAACCCAGCUUUGUCUUGAUUCCAGGAUCUGAGGCUGUAACCACGCUUCUAAUCUGGCACUGCUACAACAGGCAUAUCCCUCUGCCCUGAUGUGAUUGAGGCUGUGCUUUUGUUUUCCUGUCUAUGACCUCUUGAUGUCAUAGUGUUUUGAUUCACUAGUCUUUGCAGGGAGACUGAUACUAAAGCCAUUUCCUUUGAAAAAGCAAGGAUUAAUAGACAAAUACAAAUGAAAUUAUGGAGUCACAGUAUCCUUUGGUUUAUGUUUCUCCUUUUUGCUUAUUUGGUAAAUUAAGUAAAGAAAUGAUUAUUUGCCAGGUAUAUUAUUGAAUCCCUGGAACACCAUGUAAUUGCAGUCUUAGAUACCUCUCCUCGUCAGUGUAAUCAAACCGGAGUGUGUUGUAAUUAACCACCAUUCCAAGAUGUAGAAUAUACGUGAGAUGCGGAGUCCUUAGAGGAGGGUGGGCUGAUGUGUGCCUUCAUCGUGUAUCUUGAUGAUUGUGGGCUCCCCACAGUCAUCAGAUAGUUGCGUCUCAGAAACAAAGUUGCUUUUUAAGAAAGUACUAUGUUUUAAAACUUCUGGUUACAUCGACCAGUGUUAAAGCCUGAACCAGUGAGUUAGGUGUAGACUCAUGGUCCCACACUGAGAUAGAAGCCCCUCUUCUCAGAAAGGUCUGGCGCAAGAAAUCAAGAAUCAACCAACGCCCCCGCCACCCCCUGGUUAAUGUACAGAUUCGUUUAGUAAGCAUGCAUCAGUCUUCCUGUGGGGAGACAGAUGCAUGCUUUAACCAUGAGCAGUGAUGGUAUUGACCAUAAAGAGAUGUGUGAAAACCUAAAGCAGGGGGAAAAAGCCAUAAAAGGUAGAGAAAUGUUGUGUUUGUUGAUCUCUAGAUCUCUCAGGAGAGUAGCUAUCUUUUAUUGGAUGGUGGGCUUCCUUAUUCCUUCCAGCAACCUUUGGAGGUACAUAUCAUUCCUAGUUUUACAAAUGAGGUCAUUAAGCCCAUCCAGGUGAAAUAACCUGUUCAGGGUCUUAUAGUCCCAGGUUGUAUGGCCCAGACCUCGGUUCUCUCCUACGGUCCAACACUGCCACCAAAUAUGAGGUAUUUUCCGUGUAUACAUACGUACAUGCAUAGUCUAAGCCUGUUUAUUAUUUGGGGGGGAGUGUUAUUAUAUGUCAUUUGGAAAAAGCGAUUAUAAAUGCACACACUCAUUCGCCCAUUCUGGACCAGUGACUAUUAUACCAUGUGUAUCCUGGGUUGCUUUCAAUGAAACAAUGCUGUUAACACUCAGAAACAGUGGACUGACUGACAAAUUUGCAUUUUCUUGUGGGGUUUUGUUUUGUUGUUUUUUUUUUUUCUUCUUAAAUUUCAAUAGAAAUUGAAAUGUGGUUGGAUGUUGAUGUAGAAAAUUAAACACACUUCUGGUACUCUUCCCAGCUCUGAAUAAAUAAUUGUUCUGAAGUUUAAGUAACGGAGUAGUUUUUAUUCUUUUAUUACAAAUUUUCAUCCUUAAGCAAAAUCUCUGAGUAUUUAUGUACCCCUCACUCCUGCUUUUCUGUUGCCUUUUACUGACCUGGAUAAGUAAGUCUGCGGUUUGAAGCCGGAUGAGCCCAUUAGUGCGACAGAAUUACCCUGCAUGAUGCAUGCUAAGAAAAGCUCCAGCCCAGAUGCUGAAAAGGCUGGCAUGAUUGACCCCUAUCUCUCAUGGUAGAUUGGGUAUCCAGAACUCCUUCCAGGAGUAGUGCUGACUUGUGACGACUUCGUUGUCAAAAGGAGCCAUUGCCACAAUUAGACUCUAUGCACAAAAUGCCCAGGAUUUGGGAGAAAUAUAAGCACAAUCGAAUAUAUAGCACACCACCACUUCUCUCUCCUUGUGCUCUAGGCCAGAGGUCAGUAACCAGUUCUAUGUGGACGGAUUCUUCUGCGAUCCGUAGCUGAGGAAUAAAGAAGGUAGAAAAGGGACAGCGGAAUAUUAGAAAGAGCACUGGUAAAACCAUCUUUGUUCAGGUCUGUCAGUGCCACUCACUGGCCUGGUGACCUUUCUUUAAGGCCCCUUGAUCCCUCUGAAUCAUGGUUGCCUUGUCAGCUACACCAAGGCAAAAACAUCAGCUCUGCCUGCAAAUCUCUUUUUAAUGACCAAGUAAAAUAAGGAACAUGCAGGUGCCAGUUUGACAGACUCUGUGUAACGGUGGAAAGUUACUGAACCAAGACACAGACUCAGGUCUCUAAGCUGGUACGUGGUUGGUGUUCACUGAAAGUUAGUUCCCGUCUCCUCCUUUUAGCCUUAAGUUUUAAGCUGAUUAUUCCGAGGGUGGUGGCGUCCACGCAGGGCAGGGGCCCUCUUGGUCCGGGAUGCCCCAGACUGCCGUGGACCAACUUCCCCCUUCCCACCUCUUCCUUCCUUGCUGCCACUUCUCUUUCCACUAUUUCAUCUCUUUUUCCAUCUCCUCUUUCUUACAGAACUUAUAGAAUAUUUUUAGAGUUUAGAGAAAUCAAGAACUCUUCUAGUCAAAUCUGUUUCCUUUACAGAUGAGGGAGCUAAAGCUGAGAGGUUAGUUUCUUGCUCAAGAGCACCCAGCUAGUAAGCAGCCUGGCUGGUGAAUCCCAUAUGCUCAAUUUCAAAAAGCAGAUCCGUUUUCACCACACCAUGCUGCUUUUAAAAUUUUGUUCCCAGAGAAGGGGCUCCCCAACCCCCUCUUUAAAAAUAUGGUUAAAUAUCUCUGCAGAAGUAGCUUUCUAACACCUGCUAUUAACAUUCAGUGCGGUGUCAGCCAGGCCCUCGCGUCCCCUGGUUGUCGUGUCCAAGGCAGAUUGUGGCAGAAAGCGUGGGUAACUUCAAAACCCCUAACCCUGGGUGUCUGCCUCAGACCGUGCAGGAGAUAAGCGUGAUUUCCUUUGCCUCCCCUGUGUAAUUCUGCGCUCCUGAAACCACAGGGUUCAGGGGCAGGCGUAGGAUUUAUGCUCUUCUGUUCAUUUGGUUUUUUUUCUUUCUCAGUCUCAUUGCACAUCAAGUGCUGGAGGCCUCGGGGUUUUGCUUUUACCUAACUAGCAGACAGACCGAGACUCUAAGCCUGGGUCUGUUCCAUUCCUGAUGAGCUCUGUGACUUUCUAGAACUCCCCCUCGCUUCAGCUUUCUCACCGGUGAGGCGGGGUUGCGGGUUCCUGACUUGUUGGUCUCAAAGAGUCGUUUUGAAUCAACUAAUAGAGGAGGAAGGGCUGGGCAGACAUGACUGUGAGGGCUGUUAUACAGAGACUUUAGAGAUAAAAGACCUGGAUUUGAGUUCUGGUUCUGCCCCCAGCGUGGUGACUGGGCUGAGGGGCAGGAUGCUGGGGGUGCCCAGAAGCAAUGGCUAUCUUUCCUGCAUCCCCCCCUUCCCCUUCGUUUAAAAGGAUAUUUGCUGCAUAUGGAGUGCACACCCUCGGCCUUAUUUAGGGUACUUUUUCUCUCUCAUCUGUCGUGUGUCUCCGUCUGAUAUGUGUGCCCCCUGGCUGCAGAACCGGAUGGUCUAUCUUGAGAAAGAGGAAGAGGGGCACAGAGAGGUGGGGGGAGAGUGCAGAAAAGAAAAAAGAAACAUUGAUUUGAGUGGAAGACUUUUGCGAAGAAAGAGGAAUGCUUUCUCGUUGGCAGAACCGUCUUCAUGUGUUUCUAAUGAAACAGAAGCCAGUGAGCCUCUGGUUUAUUUCUUUGUUUCCCUCCUGACACUGUUGACGUCAGCAAAAAAACGCAGUUUGUGUUUUGGAGAGGGCCGUGUCUUCUUUUUCCAUGUAGCGUAGGAAUGGUGACUUCCACCUGCCACACCCUGCUAAAAUAAUAAAAUGUGUCUAGAAUGUGGGAUGUGACUAGAGCUUUCUGAGGUCGGUUAGAUCCAUCCUAAAGAUCUGGGCCCCGAAAGUUCUCUUGGGAGUGCCUGUGUGGCCACAGUGACGAACCGGCAUCUCGUUGCCUGCCGAGUAUUUACUAUGCUGGUUCCCGGGUACUCGCUGCUUAAAAUCACGUGAAGGAGCCCAUCGUCUUAGGAUGUUAGCGCUCAUUGACACACGUUAACAUGGUCCCUGGAUGGGGGGCCCGCUGUCCAGCACACUCGUUAGGUCUCUCCUGGCCCCUCACUGGGACACCCAAUCUGCUCUGGAUUUCCUCCUCUCGUCGCCAGGAGUAGGUUUACCCAUUUGAGCUCCCCCCAUGGGCCGGCCUCCUGCCGUCACCAAGAAGGACAGCCACUUGGGGUCUGAAAACUGCGCUGCCAGUUCAGCGUGACAGGGCACCCGUCGCCUGCAGCUCUCCGUCAGCAGGUGCCGUGGGAGCCAAAAGAGACAUUUGUGAUCUGGGGAUAAAAGGGGAAACGCUGGUGAGAAAUCUCACCGUAAGUCAUGUCCAAACUUGUGAGCCAAUGGCUGCCUGUUUGCAGUGUUUCCUGAAGCAUUUGAAAACCAUUUCUGUGUCUCUCCUUCCUUCGUGGCCCCCGUCAGAGUCAGACCCUGCGUUGUGGUGCCAUGUCGUUAGCUGUUGAGUGCUGUGACGCUGUCAUGAGAACAGUUGGUGUCACAUUGCUCAUUUUGUGUGGGUGUUGGGGGGAAUUUUGGCCUUUACAAUUUUUUUUGUUGGUGUUCCUCUUACAUUUUUAAAGAUGGGAUUGCCUAAACAUUUUUCCACAUGGCAAAAAUUAGAAUUUGGCAGUUGGUGUCUGUGUGUUGAAAUGACUUUUCUGGUUCUUUCAGGUCACCCUUAAUUGCUGUGUGCUUUGUGUUUUAAAUGCACUGGACAUCAAGAGCUGAUGGUCUCGGUGGUUUUCCCUUGUUGCCUGCGGACAGUCUCUCCCCCUCCCCCUUACAUCCGGCUGCAAAGUGGGAACCGCCUUGGAGGUGAAGGGCCAGACCAGGCUCUAGACCAAGAUAGAACAGCCUUACAGAAAGUUAAGAAGUCCGUAAAAGCAAUAUAUAAUUCCGGUCAAGACCAUGUACAAAAUGAAGAAAACUAUGCACAAGUUCUUGAUAAGUUUGGGAGUAAUUUUUUAAGUCGCGACAACCCAGACCUUGGCACCGCUUUUGUCAAGUUUUCUACUCUUACAAAGGAACUGUCCACACUGCUGAAAAAUUUGCUCCAGGGUCUGAGCCACAACGUGAUCUUCACCUUGGAUUCCUUGUUGAAAGGAGACCUGAAGGGAGUCAAAGGAGAUCUCAAGAAGCCAUUUGACAAAGCUUGGAAAGAUUAUGAGACAAAGUUUACAAAAAUUGAGAAGGAGAAAAGGGAGCAUGCCAAACAGCACGGGCUCAUCCGCACGGAGAUCACCGGGGCCGAGAUCGCGGAAGAAAUGGAGAAGGAGAGGCGCCUCUUUCAGCUGCAGAUGUGCGAAUAUCUCAUUAAAGUUAAUGAAAUCAAGACCAAAAAGGGUGUGGAUCUGCUGCAGAAUCUGAUAAAGUAUUAUCACGCUCAGUGCAAUUUCUUUCAAGAUGGCUUGAAAACGGCCGAUAAAUUGAAGCAGUACAUUGAAAAACUGGCUGCUGAUUUAUAUAAUAUCAAACAGACCCAGGAUGAAGAAAAGAAGCAGCUGACUGCGCUCCGAGACUUGAUCAAAUCCUCUCUUCAACUCGAUCAGAAAGAAUCUAGGAGAGAUUCCCAGAGCCGGCAAGGAGGGUACAGCAUGCACCAGCUCCAGGGCAACAAGGAGUAUGGCAGUGAGAAGAAGGGGUACCUGCUGAAGAAGAGUGACGGGCUCCGGAAAGUGUGGCAGAGAAGGAAGUGCUCCGUCAAGAACGGGAUUCUGACCAUCUCCCACGCCACGUCCAACAGGCAGCCAGCGAAGCUGAACCUUCUCACCUGUCAGGUGAAACCGAACGCCGAGGACAAGAAGUCUUUUGACCUGAUAUCACAUAAUAGGACGUAUCACUUUCAGGCGGAAGAUGAGCAGGACUACGUGGCGUGGAUCUCCGUGCUGACGAACAGCAAAGAGGAGGCCCUGACCAUGGCCUUCCGUGGAGAGCAGAGCACCGGGGAGAACAGCCUGGAAGACCUGACGAAAGCCAUCAUCGAGGACGUCCAGCGGCUCCCGGGGAACGAGGUCUGCUGCGACUGUGGCUCGUCAGAACCCACCUGGCUUUCAACCAACUUGGGUAUUCUGACGUGUAUAGAAUGUUCCGGCAUCCAUAGGGAAAUGGGGGUUCAUAUUUCUCGCAUUCAGUCUUUGGAACUAGACAAAUUAGGAACUUCUGAACUCUUGCUGGCCAAGAAUGUAGGAAACAAUAGUUUUAAUGAUAUUAUGGAAGCAAAUUUACCCAGCCCCUCACCAAAACCCACCCCUUCAAGUGAUAUGACCGUACGGAAAGAAUAUAUCACUGCAAAGUAUGUAGAUCAUAGAUUUUCACGGAAGACCUGUUCAUCUUCAUCAGCUAAACUGAAUGAGUUGCUUGAGGCCAUCAAAUCCAGGGACUUACUUGCACUAAUUCAAGUCUAUGCAGAGGGGGUAGAGCUGAUGGAACCGCUGCUGGAACCCGGACAGGAGCUCGGGGAGACGGCCCUCCACCUUGCCGUCCGAACUGCAGACCAGACGUCUCUCCACUUGGUUGACUUCCUUGUCCAGAACUGUGGAAACCUAGACAAGCAGACAGCGCUGGGGAAUACAGCUCUGCACUACUGUAGUAUGUACGGCAAACCUGAGUGCUUGAAGCUGCUUCUCCGGAGCAAGCCCACUGUGGACGUGGUUAACCAGGCUGGAGAGACUGCCCUGGACAUAGCAAAGAGACUGAAAGCCACCCAGUGCGAGGAUCUGCUUUCCCAGGCUAAAUCUGGAAAGUUCAAUCCACACGUGCACGUAGAGUAUGAGUGGAAUCUCCGACAGGAGGAGAUGGACGAAAGCGACGAUGAUCUGGACGACAAGCCGAGCCCCAUCAAGAAGGAGCGCUCGCCCAGACCUCAGAGCUUCUGCCACUCCUCCAGCAUCUCGCCCCAGGACAAGCUGUCGCUGCCGGGGUUCAGCACUCCACGGGACAAACAGCGGCUCUCCUACGGCGCCUUCACCAACCAGAUCUUCGUCUCCACAAGCACAGACUCGCCCACAUCACCGACCACAGAGGCGCCCCCGCUGCCUCCUAGAAACUCCGGGAAAGGUCCACCUGGCCCACCUUCAACACUCCCUCUAAGCACCCAGACCUCUAGUGGCAGCUCCACCCUGUCCAAGAAGAGGCCUCCUCCCCCGCCACCCGGACACAAGAGAACCCUAUCCGACCCUCCCAGCCCACUCCCUCACGGGCCCCCAAACAAAGGCGCAGUUCCUUGGGGUAACGACGUGGGUCCAUCAUCAUCCAGUAAGACGGCAAACAAGUUUGAGGGCCUGUCCCAGCAGUCGAGCACUGCUUCUGCAAAGACUGCCCUUGGCCCAAGAGUUCUUCCUAAACUACCUCAGAAAGUGGCAUUAAGGAAAACAGAAACCAGCCAUCAUCUCUCCCUCGACAAAGCCGGCGUCCCGCCCGAAAUCUUCCAGAAAUCAUCCCAGUUGGCAGAGUUACCCCUGAAGCCACCACCUGGAGACCUACCCCCGAAGCCCACGGAACUGGCUCCCAAACCCCAAAUUGGAGACUUGCCACCUAAGCCAGGAGAGCUGCCCCCCAAGCCGCAGCUGGGUGACCUGCCCCCCAAGCCACAGCUCUCAGACUUGCCGCCCAAGCCGCAGAUGAAGGACCUGCCGCCCAAGCCGCAGCUGGGAGACCUGCUGGCCAAACCCCCGGCGGGAGACGCCUCGCCCAAGGCUCAGCCCCUGGAGCUCACCCCCAAGUCACACCCGGCAGACCUGUCCCCAAACAUCCAGAAGCAAGCGUCCGAAGACGCCAAUGACCUGACGCCCACCCUGCCCGAGACACCUGUGCCGCUGCCCAGGAAGAUCAACACGGGGAAGAGUAAGGGGAGGCGAGUGAAAACCAUCUACGACUGCCAGGCCGACAACGACGACGAGCUCACCUUCAUGGAGGGCGAGGUGAUCGUGGUCACGGGGGAGGAGGACCAGGAGUGGUGGGUAGGUACCAGCGUGGUGGGUAGGUACCAGCGCGCCGCUGCCACGUCGGGGGAGCGCAUGCGCAGCGCCCGCGCUUUACCCUGCUGAUCAAACAGCAGCCCGCGAGCUCUGGGUGUGUUCCGGUUUUUCAGAUGUAGGACGGGCGCUCCUGUGCGUCCUAGCGAGCUCUGCCCAGGCCUUAAUCGGGCCCUCAGGUCUCUCCCUGUCAAGUGGGACACGUGCAUCCUCAUGUGACUUCGGGAGACGGUGGGAGGAGAGUCUUUCUGAAAGCUCCUUUUCCAUGAAAACCUGCUGUCCAGGUGUCGGGAGGGAAAGGCCUUGUGCUCCCACAAGGAGGGAGGGCGCUUGGAGAUCAGAGGUUCCUGGACAUGCCCGGGUUCUGGGUGGCUGCAGGGGGGCCGAUGUAUCCACGGUGGUCCAGGCUGUGGGGGGCAUGAGCCUCGGCGAUGCCAGGCAGAGACGCGGUGGCGGGAGCUUCCUGCACUUUCCCACGUGAUCGUUUUCCCACCCAGCGAGGAAACGCUGCUUCCUUGGCAGCCUGAGCCCCUCCCACCCAGAGGGACCCAGUUCUGUCUGCCGAGAUCAGUGGUUUGCAUUUGAGCCAACAGAGCCUGCUGGUAUCAGAAAUACACACACACACACACGUGCACCUCUGGCUUUUCCUCCUUUGGGUCCAGACAGUGACCUCUGCAGAUUCUCAGUCACAGCUGUAGGGCUUUUCCUUGGACUGAAGCAGAGGUUCCAGCCGGGGCCAGUUUUCCUUCCAGGGACUUGUGCUAACAGCUGGAGGCCGGUUGAUCAUCGAGACCUGAGCAGGGCGGGUGCUGCCGGCAUCUGGCGGGUAGAAUCCAGGGCUUCUGCUCCAUAUCCUGCCUGUUUAGAAGAGCCCCCGGGACAGAGCACUCUCUGGCGCCAGUGUCAGGAGUGCUGGCUGAGGCUGAGAAGCCCUGGCCUGCCUGCCUCUCCCUCUCCCUCUCCUGCUAAGCUGGGGGUGGCCCCAGGCUGCUUCGGCCUCUCUGUUGGCAGAGUUGGGCCUGCUCUUGGCACGGAACCUGUUGGAGGGGCCUCUCAGACUCUUGGCAGAGAGGUGGACUCUGAAGUCCCAGUGUGAGUGACUCACGUCAUGGCCCUGGAUAAAGCGUGUCCCCUUUGUAAGCCUCAGCUGCCUCCUCCAAAAGGUGGGACAUGAGUGACCCGCCCUCACAAGGAGGUCUAAGGACUCAGGCCAACCAAGAGCCCCCGAGGUGGAUCGGCCAGGCCUUUCCAUGAACGCCACCAUCCGGGUGACCGCACACGGUCACCGUCCUGCUGGACAAAGGAAGCAGCCCUCAGCUGGACACCCAGCUCCUGCUCCAGCCCCCCUCUGGGUGGCAGGCACUUCCCAGAGGAAAAGGAGAGCUGGCCUCUGCAGUUGUCAUUUGAAGCCAGUGCGUGUCAUUGUCCUUUCUCGUGAUAGGAUUCUCUCCGAGGCACUUGAUGCCGAUGUAACUGAGAUGAUCAGGCGCUCUUGGCACAUGACCGUGGCUUACAGAUUUAGGCAGCAGACCAUAAAACUUGCCCCCAUCAAUCUCAAACUUUCCCGGAGUUCCCGUCGUGGCUCAGUGGUUAACAAAUCCGAUUAGGAACCAUGAGGUUGCGGGUUCGAUCCCUGGCCUUGCUCAGUGGGUUAAGGAUCCUGCGUUGCUGUGACUCUGGCGUAGGCCAGUGGCUACAGCUCCGAUUGGACCCCUAGCCUGGGAACCUCCAUAUGCCGCAGGAUCGGCCCAAGAAAUGGCAAAAAGACAAGGAAAAGAAAAAAAAAAUCUCAAACUUUCCCAACAUCCUUUCACCCACAGCAGCCUGCAGUCAGGUUCUCAGUCCCCAGCAGCGUUUCCCUGGCGCCGCUCUGGGUGCUCCGACGCCUCUCCUUUCUCCCUGCAGAUCGGACACAUCGAAGGGCAGCCCGAGAGGAAGGGGGUCUUUCCAGUGUCCUUCGUCCACAUCCUGUCCGACUAGCACCAGGCAGAACCUUGAGAUUGUCCGCCUCCGUCAUGCCAGACUGCUGCGUCCACUCCCCCUGCGCACACCGUGUAUAUAGCUGCUGUUACUGAACAGGGAGCUCGGAGGGGCCGCCUCAGGAGGGAACAGAGCGUGUGCUGUAAAUACCUGUGGUCUUCUGCCUUCGCCAGUAUUAGGGUAGCCUUGGGACCCGGUGCGCCUUACUGGUCUGCCAAAGCCAUCCUUGGCAUCUAGCACGUACAUCUCUCUCCUUGCUGUUUUCCAAGCAAACCAACAAAAACAGGAAUAUAGGAACUGCUGGCUUUGCAAGUAGAAGUGGUCUCCAGCCACCGUCGAAGGGCAUAGCAUUGACUCCCUGUCCCUCACAAUGCAGUAUUCUCCAUUGUGUUACUGAAAAUGCAACAUUAGCCAAGAGGUGGGUUCUGUUUUCCAGGUGAGACGUUUUGCUCCACGACAGACCAGCCUGUAGUUAUCUGUGUACACAGUUUACAGCUCCAAAAACCUCCUUCGGUAUUUAUUACAGAAAAGUGCUCAGUUAAAUGUAAGUGUUACUCCUUCAGCAAAAUCUCCACUGACCCAAAACCUUGGUGGCAUUUUGCAGUGCCCACAGCCUCGUGCAAGGUCAGACAAGUGGGUUUAUACUGUCUUAAGAGGAUGAGUGCCCGCCCCUGAGAUAUUACCUCAUUAUGCAAAAAUAACAUAUCCUUCAUAACUAUUUUCACAGAAGUUUAAAACACAUCUGAUGAAGUUCAACUUUCAGGAACCAAGGACUGCCAGAAACUGUUAGCCUCUACAUUAUGCAUGCAUUUAGAAGCUUACCUGAAAUCUGCCUUUUAUAAAGGAAUAGUGUGGUUAAGUUGAACUGUACUUUUUUAAACUCGAUUGCCAUUAAAGCAGAAAUUAUAAGGUUGCAACAUUUGUUUCUAGUCAGUCAUUUGGCUUCCUCAAUGAAUUUACAUAUCAUAUCAUUUUAUGAGUUAACAUCCUUCAAAUGUUCCUGCCCCUGAUGUGUCAGUUUUCAGUUCUUCGUUUUGUUCUUGUUCAAUUUAAACUUUUAAAAGAUUGUUCAAGGAGUUGAUGACUUCGAGUCACUUUUGCACACCCUUGCCCUGCGCUGCAGAAUCCUGGUGCUGAAACCAGCCUUUGCUUGUUUCCACUCUCUCCACAAAACCCCAGUCAUAGAUAAGUUCUCCCAUCUCCAGCUCUGUGCAGUAGACACGUCAGCUUCAAGUCAAUUCAUAACCAAGUCUUUGAACGCUGCUAUGAAUUGCACUGUGAAACACGCUCUUCCUGCCGGGAAUCUGUGCAUGCACACGCGUGCAUGCACGCACACACACACAGACACCCCGUUUUCUUUGCUCCUCCCGGCCUUGUUCAUUAGAGCUUGUCCGUCUUGAACGUCAGGCUGAAUUCGGGAAAGGAUUGGAGUCCUCUCACUCCACGGUGGGGCUGCUCUCUCAUUCUGAGGCUCCUGUGUCGUUCUGGCGUUAACAAGUGCUUAAACUGCUAUGUUGGCAACAGCACAGAAAACUAAUAUUUUUAAGCAGAUAAUCUUGGCAGUGAGUGAGAAACAUUCAUUUCACAGAAGCACAACUCCCAACCAAGCCCUUAGGGAAAGUCCUCUUUAAUAGAGUCACAUGCUCAGUGAAUAUUAAUUUAGUUCUGCUUAAGUGAUUACUGUGAGAACUUUGAAUAGCCACCUAAUCAAUAAACCCUGCAUGACAAACCUGCAACUAUCUUAUCAGCUGUUAUUGGCAAGUGAUCUUAAGCAGUUGCUUCUUCAGCAUCACGGCACGUGUGAACCCCACACAAGACAAGAACGGUCGGCGCCAGCUGACGUGCUGGUGUGUGUGGCUGGCAGUGUUCCCAGCCUCAGAAUUUCAGCCGCACGGACAUCGGAGCAGGAAGUCACCGUCCCCAGUUACUUCGUGUCCCUGUUCACUCACUCUGACUUUCUAAGUCACAUUAAAGCACUGUUCAUUUUUGUGGCCUGCAGUAUUUUCAGCUGAUCUCAAAAUAAACUGAUUUUUUAAAAAAAACCCACAAAAGCUAGGUGUCUAAAAUUACAGAGUCAUGUUACUCUUCUUUCCCUUUCAGAGCAACUUUUACACAGAUGCUUUUUUUUUUUUUUUAACAGUUUUGGGUUUUUCUUUUUCUCUGGUUUUGUUUUUAUUUUCCGUGAGGAAUUUGCAUUCUCUCUAACCUAGCUAACUGUGGGACAUAGGAAAACUAGGUAUAAGGACCUUCGCGACCUUGAUUGAGUUUGAAUCCGAUAUUGUUCUUAAACUCAGUGAGCCACUCUCUGCAAUUUUGUACAUGAUAUAGAUAUUUUGAAGGUAUGGAACCUUAUGGGAAAGAAAUAGCUAAUUAGUUUCCUUUUUCUCCCCCCAGAGGGGAAAGUUAUGUUCUGCAAAUAGUGUGUGUCUGAUUUUCCUGUUGAACAGCAAUUGCUAUUUAUUUUUUUAUUGCCUAGAACUUCAUCAUGUUGUACAGGAAACGAUAGCGCCACCAGUUUACCUUCCGAAUCCCAUCUGGAUGUUACGACCAGACAUCAGUACACGCGUCAUUCCACAUGUAUUUAAUGUGACAGGUUUUCAGUACUGUAUGUGUUCAUUUCUACUUUUUUUAAUAUUUAAAAUUGCUUUUAAAUAAACAUAUUCUCAGUUGAUCCCA